AUGUCUCAACCAACUCAAGGUCAACGUCAAGCCUGGCGUCGAACAGACGAUUAUGCAAAGGGCACCCCUAAGGUGAAACUCGUCACAGAAGACCUGCCUCUUCCUCUUCAUCCGACAGCCCUUCUCAUAAAAGUGCACGCAGUUGCUCUCAACUAUCGCGAUGCCAACAUAGCCAAUGGCGGUAACCCCUGGCCCGUUACUCUCAAUGGUAUUCCUGGCAAUGAUGCCGCCGGCGAGAUUAUUUCAGUCGGGAAUAGAGUCUCGCUCGUCAAAAUUGGCGAUCGUGUUGCUCCGAUCACGGACUCAGAAUUUGUGAAUGCUCGCUCGACGGGAAGGUCUUGGCUAGCAGCCAAUGAGGAUGGCAUCUUGGCCACUUAUAUUGUCUUUGAUGAGAAGUUGGUGACGAAAUUACCUGAGCAUCUUGAUUGGAUUCAGGCUUCGAUCAUUCCUUGUGCUGGAACAACCGCCUGGUCUGCCCUGAAGGGAGCUACUAUCGGGCAAACGGUUUUGAUCCAAGGCAAUGAUGAGAAGUUGGAACAGAUGAAGAAGCAAUUCGGAAAGCCAGAUAUCCAAACUGUCAACUACAAGACCCACCCAGAAUGGCACAAGGAAGUUCUUCGUCUAACAAAUGGUGUCGGCGCUGAUCUCGUCGUCGAGAACGGUGGCAGCACUUCUCUCGUUCGGUCCAUGGAGUGCACUCGACGUGGAGGCAUUGUCAGCCAAGUUGGUUAUCUGGGCGGCUCUAAUCUCGAACAUUUAAAGGAGUUUGUUUCCACUAUCAUUGAUCGACGGCUGAACGUUCGCGGUAUCAAUGCGGGAUCUAAGGAUGAUCAGGAUGAGCUUAUGGCUGCCAUCUCUGCGACACAGAUGACUUUCGAGGAUAUUCUUGACUCAGCUUGGUCUUUCGAUAAAGCUGACGAGGCAAUCGAGUAUGUUUGGCAAGGCAAGCAGGUGGGAAAGGUUGUCAUUAAACUUGAUGACUAG